GCUGUAAUUGCUGCAAAUGGAGGAUUAUUUUACAAAGCAAAGUUUGAAGGACACAAUUAAAAAUCAUUAUUUAUAACCUUGCCAGCGUCUUGACUUGACUUGACUUGAAUGGACUAUUUCCUAUUCAUUUUGCAACUCAUUUCAUGUGUGUUUUCAUGGAAAACAAGGACAUUUCUAAGUGACCCCAAACUUUUGAACGGUAGUGUAUAUAGUGUAUCAUCAGAGAGGGGGGUCCCAAGUCAUACAGAUUCUGGCCUGUUGUUGUUUUUAACUGUGUUUUUCUUAAAGAAAAUACAUAAUUUUGUCCCAUCAUUCUUGUUUUUUUUGUAAUGAGGCUUAUGUGUAUGUUUUAUAACCAGUAUAAGGUUAUAAGGCUUUCAAAGAGGAAGCACACAGACUAUGAAAGCCAGGAGUCUGCGAGAUGAUCCACCCCAUUGUGCUAUAGCUGCUGGGGCUUGCUGAAUUAGUGUUUUCCAACAGUAGGAGGACAUUUUUCUGUCAGCACAAACGUCAAAAACAAAUGUCUGCUAUUUCAGCAGAGGAACUUCUAUUCAUCAAAGCAAUGAGAAGAGCAAAUAUGUUACUGAAGCUGAGCUGUGUGAUUCUGCUCAUCAUCCAGAGGGAUACAGAAAGUACACGGGUCAUUGGUGAAUGCAGGACUGUGGUACUGGGGGAGGAUGUGGACUUAUACUGCAGACUGAUAGAGACAACUGAGGACCUCGAACAGAUAACAUGGCAGAAAAGUACUGCGGAAGAAACACAGAACCAUAAUUUUAUGCUGAUUAAUCCCCAUGGGGUUACUACAUUCAUUGCACCGAAUGGAUUGAGUGGUAGAGUCCAGUUUAUUGGGAACCCAUCAGAAAACCUUGGAUCUAUUCGAAUAACAGCUGUCAGACUGCUUGAUGAAGGCACCUUCACAUGUAUCUUCAGUGUUUUCCCCAGUGGAGCAUACAAUACAGAGAUACGUCUGACUGUGCUAGUUCCUCCAGUAGUGAGUGUGACAAUUGAUGUUCCUCCUGUCACUGGGAAGAAUGAGGUUGUCUUGGCAACCUGUAUGGCUGCUGGUGCCAAGCCACAGGCAGAUGUGAAGUGGAAGUCAGGUACGUUUGGCAGUUUGUUGAGGACAGUGACUAACUUCAUACAGCACACCAAUGGAACCACCACAGUACUCAGCCACCUGCUCGGGUUGCCAACCAGAGCAGCCAAUCAGCAGCAGGUCCAGUGUGUGGUCAACCAGUCUGCCCUGGCAACAGAAAGGAGCUACAACUACACCAUAGACAUCCACUAUCCACCUCAGACAGUGAACGUUACCUUUAGUGAGGCCUCUAAAGCCACAGUCUUACGAUGUGUAGCAGAUGGCAACCCACACCCCAACUACACCUGGAGCAGAGUGGCCCAGCCAUGGCCUGGGUCUUCAGUGAGAGCAGAGGGAGACAUACUGCACUUCCUCAGUCUCAGCUCUGAGCUGAAUGGUCUCUAUGUCUGUGAGGCCUCCAACCCCUACGGACGAGCAACUGGUUCCCUCAAUGUACACAUAUCCUCUGAGUCCUCUGCUGCCUGUUGGGUUCUACUCGUUGUCAUUCUCUGUCUGAUUGUUGCUGCGGCUGCACUCAUAUACCGGUGCAAAUACGGACAGUUUCCUUGGAGUCCAAUCAUAGCCAAUCAACAGUUCCAGGCACCACCACAGGUUGAGGAAGAUGAUCCUGGGACGUCUGGGUUCUGACACUCCAAGCCAGGAAGGCGGAUAAGGGAGAAGUAACGUGAUAAAUCACUGGACAGCCUGAGAACAGAUGCCAGAAGAAGCGCAGACAUGGAACGGGCGGGCCAGUCCAUAGCAUCAAUGCCUUCCUCUUGCAGGAACUGCUGACACACUCCAGCCACAUGAGGUCUAGCAUUGUCUUGCAUUAGGAGGAACCCAGGGCCAACCGCACCAGCAUAUGGUCUCACAAGGGGUCUGAGGAUCUCAUCUCGGUACCUAAUGGCAGUCAGGCUACCUCUGGCGAGCACAUGGAGGGCUGUGUGGUCCCCUAAAGAAAUGCCACCCCACACCAUGACUGACCCACCACCAAACCGGUCAUGCUGGAGGAUGUUGCAGGCAGCAGAACAUUCUCCACGACAUCUCCAGACUCUGUCACGUCUGUCACAUGUGCUUAGUGUGAACCUGCUUUCAUCUGUGAAGAGCACAGGGCGCCAAUGGCGAAUUUGACAAUCUUGGUGUUCUCUGUAAGCACAACCCCCACCUGUGGACUUCGGGCCCUCAUACCACCCUCAUGGAGUCUGUUUCUGACCGUUUGAGCAGACACAUGCACAUUUGUGGCCUGCUGGAGGUCAUGUUGCAGGGCUCUGGCAGUGCUCCUCCUGCUCCUCCUUGCACAAAGGCGGAGGUAGCGGUCCUGCUGCUGGGUUGUUGCCCUCCUACGGCCUCCUCCACGUCUCCUGAUGUACUGGCCUGUCUCCUGGUAGCGCCUCCAUGCUCUGGACACUACGCUGACAGACACAGCCAACCUUCUGGCCACAGCUCGCAUUGAUGUGUCAUCCUGGAUGAGCUGCACUACCUGAGCCACUUCUGUGGGUUAUAGACUCCGGCUCAUGCUACCACUAGAGUGAAAGCACCGCCAGCAUUCAAAAGUGACCAAAACAUCAGCCAGGAAGCAUAGGAACUGAGAAGUGGUCUGUGGUCACCACCUGCAGAACCACUCCUUUAUUGGGGGUGUCUUGCUAAUUGCCUGUAAUUUCCACCUGUUGUCUAUUCCAUUUGCACAACAGCAUGUGAAAUGUAUUGUCAAUCAGUGUUGCUUCCUAAGUGGACAGUUUGAUUUCACAGAAGUGUGAUUGACUUGGAGUUACAUUGUGUUGUUUAAGUGUUCCCUUUUUUGAGCAGUGUAUUUGGUGCAUGUUGAAUCCAACUAAAGGGAGGUCAGGUAUAAUCUAAAUAACAUGUGCAAAUGGAGAAUAUUGUCAGUAAUGACUAGACAAACACUGGCUGAUGGUGGUACUUGCAGCUGCUCUAAAAUGAAUUCCUUCAUAUUAUGCAGCCUUAUGGGGUCUUGGUACAGUCAUAAAAGAAACCGAAACCAAA